UUAUAUUUAAAUAAUUUAUCAUCUCGAAAUCUAAAUAAAAAAGAUAUAAUGGUUAAAUCAAAGAAAAAAAAUAAAUUUCAAUUGAAUGCUAGUACUGAUGAUGACGACAACAACAAUGAUAUUCCAAUUAAAAAUUUACCGAAAAAGUGUUUAACAAUGAAAGUUAAUAGCGGAAGUAAAAUUCGUAAUGUAUUGAAAUAUUCACUCAAUAAUUUUUCGAAAUUUGAUGGUAUCAUAUGGUCUGGUGCUGGACAAGCUGUUGGUAAAGUAAUAUCAUGUUCAGAAAUAUUUAAAACAAAAAAUAAAGGGCUUCAUCAAAUUACAAAACUUCGAUUUAUUGCAUCGAAAAAAAAUAAAAAUGAUGACACAAUUGCUCGACAAGUACCAGAAAUAUUUAUUUUUCUAUCAAAAAAUCAACUCGAUAAAACGGAAACUGGAUAUCAAGGACCAGAUGACAUAGGCAUGUUCCAGAAUUCAAAGGACAAUGUCGAGUUAAUUCAACAACAGGAUCAAGGUCAAGAAAUGACAAAUAUAAAUUCAACAAUUAAUGCUGAAGAAUUUGAAGAAAUGGGGUUAAGAAUGAAUUUAAAAAGAUCAAGACAAGAACGUAAUUCAAAAAUAAAUAUAAAA